AUGAUAUCUGAAAAGGUCCACAAGCUUUGUACAGGCACGGAAACUGUCUCUAGCUUGUUGGCAGCAGAUCCAACUCUGGCUCCAGGAGAAGCGUGGAAGAAGCUAUAUGGCGGACACUCAGCGGGAAAGGAUGAAAGCACAUCUACGGCGAAAGCGCAUCGAAACGAUAUCACCUCCGAAGACUUAAAGCGAGCUCUCGAAUGCGGGAACUGGGGACCAACGAAGCCGAGUGAGCUGUUCUUGAGAUUAUACCAUGAUGCGUUGUGCACAUUGGAUAAGAGUGUUUCGGGGUGUAUGGUUAGUCCGCCAUUGAUGGGCAGCUGUGGUACAAUACCUUUGACAAUCAUUUCCGUUCUUCCGGAUAUCAUGAGACAUAUGUCAAAUAUGAUUGUUCGUGCAGACAAAGAGGUGAUACUAGCCACGAAUUACUGGCAGAACUCGGUUGCGUCAAAGUACAUUACCAAUGCGAUGAAAGAACUAUCCAAGCGAGCCGGUGAAAGGGGCGAACGAAUAGUCUUCAAAAUCGAAUAUGAUCGUGGCAGUCCUAAGCAAGUAUUCAACAAUCACAUGGAAAUUAAAGAGGAGGAGUACCUGGGAAAGGCUGUCGCAUUGCCAUCGAAGGCAGAAAUACCGAAUAUCGAUUUACAAGUCAUAAAUUACCAUCGACCAUUGGUUGGGACAUUUCAUUGCAAAUACAUGAUUGUGGACAGGAAGAUUGCGGUUCUCCAAAGUAACAACAUUCAAGAUAACGACAAUCUAGAAAUGAUGACACAUUUGGAAGGCCCGAUCGUCGAUUCAUUAUACGAUAUGGCAUUGAUUUCUUGGAGUAACAAGUUGGAACCACCGUUACCAAGUUACAACUCACCUGCUGUACGUGGUGGCAUCGGAGCUUUUGGCGAAGAAAGCAGUCAAGUCAGGAUAUUCGGACAAGAUCGUGCGAUCGAGAGGCAAGCGCCGAUAAUGGAAUCAGGAAAGCGCCAUAGUCAGGAGGCAAGCGCAUACGACAAUCAAGAAGUUAAGCUACCCGGGAUAGUGUCAAAGGAACCUUCCAGCGCUACGACACCAACGGAUGGCUCCAGUCUUGCAACGGGACCAAGUACUAGCAAAAGUGUCAGUAAGCCAAUUCACGAGGAAGAAAUACCAGAAGAGAACACACACAAUGGUUAUGGAAAUAAAGACACAAGAACUAGCCAUGACCAUCCUCCUUCCGACGUACCGCACUCGGAAUUUGAGACUAAACAUAUGGGAACGACGGAAAGACUUCAAGAGAAUGCUAGAGUAGCUGCUACUACAGGUGAUUUAGAAGAUAUAGCUCAUGAGAAGCCAGAUGAUGGAUCAAACGGACUUGUCACUGGGCUUGUGAAAAAUCGUCUAAAGGAUGGGAAUAAUACUAAACCAAGCACCAAAUCUACAGCAGACUCUAAUGGGAAUGUGGCCUCCGUUUCUGAUGCAGUACAGCAUCAUGGAGCUUAUGGCCCCGACGAGGAAUCUAAACGAUACUUUGGUUCAGGAGAACAGCUGUUACCCGAAUCACAGAUCCAAAAACCUACUUCAAACCCAAAGACACUACCUGAACACACUGUUGAUGACCCUCAUUAUGACAACGAUAUUGCAGGGGAAGUAGCCCGUGUCCAAACAGCAGUAUCACCAAAAGAAGGAGAUACUAGAAUCGCAGCCGUAACCCGUCAUCUCAACCACACCAAGAAUAUAGAUUUCCCAGGAAACGCACCAGAUUGUCCGGAACAUGAAGAGAUGACACCAUAUAUCCCACACCCAGUUCAUGAAGCAUUUCCCAUAGCAAUGGUUUGUCGAGAACCAUAUGGAACACCUAAUCAUGCCUCAGUUUACAAUCCGCAGAAUGAGGUAUGGUUAUCUGCGUUACGGAAUGCGAAAAAGAACGUUUUCAUUCAGUCUCCAACACUUAAUGCUUCGCCACUCAUUCCCGCUAUUAUCGAAGCAUGUGAAAGGGGUGUCGAUGUAUAUGCCUACGUAUGCCUAGGUUACAACGAUACUGGCGAACUCCUCCCCAAACAAGGCGGCACAAACGAAAUGGUCAUUCACAACCUCACCACCACUCUCUCCCCCACAGGAAAACCCCAUCUCCACCCCUUCUUCUACAUCGCCAAAGACCAAACCCUACCCAUCCUUGCAGCGAAGAAACGCCGCUCUUGCCACGUCAAGCUCAUGAUCGUCGACGAACAUAUCGGCAUUCAAGGCAACGGAAACCAAGACACCCAAUCGUGGUUUCACAGUCAGGAGAUUAAUGUCAUGAUUGACAGUGAGGUGGUGUGCGCGGCGUGGAUUGAUGGGUUGAGAAGGAAUCAGAAUACGCAUCUUUAUGGCGCGGUGGGCGAGGAUGGUAUAUGGAGGGAUGAGAAAGGGAAGGAGGCCGAGGGCGUUAUUGGGAUUGAUCCCGGACGGUUUCCGUGGGCGAAGGGUGUUAUGGGGGCGGUGAGGAGGGUUAGGGGGGUGGGCGAUUUUUGA